AUGACGGCGACGAGGAACCCCACCACGAAGGCGCGCACCGUCAGCUGCUCCCGCCACGUCGGCACCGGCUUCUCCAAGAACGCCCGCUCCACGGAUGCCUCCUCCUCCGCCUCCCCGUCGUCAUUGCUCCUGACGUUGCGGCACCGGAGGAGGUUGCCCGUCUCCACCGCGUCGGCGUCCUGGGCUGCGGCCGCCGCUGCUGCUGCCGCGGCUGCGGUGGCGUCCGUCGCCAUGGCUUCUCGAUCUUCUCGGGGGCCGUCGGAGUCCGGCGGCCUGGCGGCGCUGGCUGCCGGCCUCGCGAGGCGCCUGGCCGAGGAGAACUCGGAGAGCAACCUGAUCCUCGGCGUCCUCGGCGCGCCGUCUCGCGCCGCGUUCGAGGUGUUCGUCUCCCUCGUGGCGGAGCAAGCGCUCAGAGACCAGUCUGGCUCCGGCGGGCCGCGCAUCGCGUUCGCGUGCGGCGUGUGGAGCGACCUCACUUGCGCCCUGAAGCCAGCCUACCGCCACGCCGUCCUGAGCACGUACAAGGCCGAGGCCAGCACCGUCGACUUCCAGAACGACCCGGAGGGAGCACGCGGCCAGAUCAACGAGUGGGCCGCGCGGGCGACGCAGAACCUGAUCGGCGGCGUCCUCGGCCCGGAAUCAGUGACGCCGCUCACCCGCGUCGUGCUCGGCAACGCCAUAUACUUCAAGGGGAAGUGGCAAGAGCCCUUCUGCAAGAGGGAUACCGAGAGCAAGCUUUUCCACCGGCUCGACGGCCGCGCCGUCGACGUGCCCUUCAUGCAGAGUUGGGAGCCCCAGUUCAUCGCCGUGCACCAAGGGUUCAAGGUGCUCACACUCCGGUACCAGACGCAAGCUAAUCUAACUCCGCCCGGGUUCCCCUCUGACGGUAACAUGUGCGCACGGUUUUCUAUGUGCAUCUUCCUUCCGGAUGCCCUCGACGGCUUGCCGGGCCUGGUUGACAUGAUAGCAUCCCAGCCUGCCGACUUCCUGGAAAAGCACCUGCCGGAGGAGAAGAUCGAUGUUAGGGAGUUCCGGGUGCCCAAGUUCAAGCUGUCCUUCCAUGGCAGCGUCGUCGACAUCCUCAAGAAGCUGGGGCUUCAGUUGGCGUUCAGUGAUCAAGCCGAUUUGUCUGACAUGGUGGAGGACGAUGAAUCUGGCUUGCCAUUGGUCUUGAACGACGUAAUCCACAAGGCGGUCAUCGAGGUAAACGAGGAAGGCACCAUAGCCGCGGCUGUGUCCAUAGAUGAGAUGUUAUUCGGUGGUGUUAAUUUCAUGCGUCCGCCACCUCCUCGAGUAGAUUUUGUAGCCGACCAUCCGUUUGCGUACUUAAUAGUGGAGGAGACAACCGGCGCAGUUGUCUUUGCAGGGCAUGUCCUUGACCCCUCCAUCGAGAGCUAG